UGUUGCACGCGUCGCUACACAUCCGCAACAUCCGUCGCGAGAAAAAUCUUUUAAAAUCAUCGCCACUGAUUUCAUCCGCUCAUUUCACCGCGACGCGUUUCACCAACAACAUCGCGACAUGCACAACAAGGAUAAUUACGUUUACUACCCUUAUAUACCGCAACAAAUGCCGCCAUUAAUGAGUGUGUGCUACAAUUACAACAACUACCAUCUCAAUUAUUCGUAUCAAACGCCUGAGAAUAGUUAUAUGCCUCCAUUUCAAGAUGGCAUCCAAGAUGGCGCAAAUAUCAACAAUGACGAAACCGGAAAUUCAUCAGACGCGCAUUUUUACAGUGAAAAUUUAGGUUAUAAUUGUGAUGGAAGUGAUGAAAUAGUGAAACAAGAUGGUUACCAACCGGAAGACGACAUUUUCGAUGAGUACGCAACCCAAUCAACAGAUAAUACAACAACGGAUGUUGAUAAAAUGAGUGCAAAUGCGAAUUUGCAAAGGAAAGAACGCACUGCCUUCACAAAGAAUCAGAUUCGUGACUUGGAACGCGAAUUUCAACAUUCAAAUUACUUAACACGACUGCGCCGAUACGAAAUUGCGGUUGGAUUGGACCUUACUGAGCGACAAGUAAAAGUUUGGUUCCAAAAUCGUCGUAUGAAGUGGAAACGAACGAAAAGUACAACAGAAUCAACAGUAAAACGAUCUAAACGACAAUAAUAUAAAUGAAACUUAUGAAAAUGUAUAUAUUUAUCAAAUUUAUAUCUGAAUUGCGUGUUUUUACAUUUAUUAAUAAUUAUUAAACAAUACAAGUUGACCAUUA